AGUAAGUAAGCAGCAGCAAUUCGUAGUAAACAAGAAGCAAGUAGUAAAAUUUGAAAUUAGAAAUUCCAUAAAAAAACAUGGACAAGGAAGACAAAAAAUACCAACUAUUAGAUAAUAGAAUUGUUUGCAAAUACGGCGACAAAUGUUAUCAAAAAAAUCCAACGCAUCAUGAGAAAUAUAAACACCCACAAAAAAGAAAGACUCCGCGAUCUCCACAACAGACACCUAAAAAAUUAAAAACCGAUAAAGUAGAGCCAUCAAAAGUAGACUCUGAUGCUGAAGACUAUUCUAUCGAUGAUGAUUCAAAUACGAGUUCAGAGAGUAUUCCAAAAGAAACUAAUGCGAAGGUAAAUCACGAUGUUUCAGAUUCUGACCCUGAUGAUGAUUCUGAAAGUAAUCAUAGUGAAACUGAAGACAAUAGUAACAAAAUGGAAGAAACCUCUAAUAUCCAGGAGGAAAACACUGUAGAUAGUGACAAACAAGAAAAUUUAGAAGAUAUUAAGACUAAAAAUGGCACAGACAGUGAUGAUAGUAAAGACACCAAGGACAAAACAUAUUCAAAUAAAGAAAAAGAAUGGAACAGUGUAAUAAAAGACAAAUUUCUGGUGGACAUGCCUCCAGAUUUCUUUCAAUUCUGGGAUUUUUGUGAGAAACAAGCCCCCAAAUGUCCCUCGGAAGCUUUAAGCAAAGUUGGUAUCUUUUUAGUUGGACCAUAUGAUGUACUAGCAGGCAAAUUUUCAAAAGUUGACAAACCACCAGAAGAUUAUUUAAUCCACUGGAGAUAUUACAGAGAUCCACCAGAACUACAAACAGUAUUAAGGAGUGAUGAUGCCAAUGGAUAUCAUAUAGGAUAUUUUAGAGAUGCUCCAGACAAAACUCCAGUCCUCUUAGUCUCAAACGCUCCACAAAAGAAUGGAAUAUUAACUCCUAUGGGUGGAAAUAUCUUCGCAGCUGUUAAUUUAUACUUGGAAGAUCUGAAGAAAAGCGGGAAUCCAUUCAGGAAAAUGGCAGUUGGUGGAAUACAAGCAGCUCUAACAAAAGAAGCUCAAAGGCUGGGUAUUGAUUUGUCAAGAAAAACUAAGGCCAUUGUUGCAAGAGAGAAGAAAAUAGUUACUAGAAGCUUCAAUAAAAUUGGUCUUUGUGUUCCUUACAAUAAAAAGUCACAGGUAGGGUAUAGAGAACUGGCCCAAACGAACAAAGAACUAGAAGCAAACUUAAAUAAACUAGACCAGGCUAAGACCAAAGCUGAACAAGACAAAUGUUUCUCUGACUUACAGCCAGUAUUCACCUACACAAGCAUUGCCUCUGAUGAAUGUGACUUUGGUACUGGUAUUGAGCUAGGCUGGAAUAUUAUAAGUCAUGGCACAGACCGUUUGAAUGCAACUGCUGGCCGGUUCUUGGCUUCCAAUUACAGGUUGUUCAACAUGGAAGCUUUUGCUAAGAUAGCAGAGGCGCACAUGAAAAAUAGGCGAAAGGGAAAUAAAUUGAGUAUUAUAUGAUUUUAUAAAAUAAAAAUUUACAUGCAA